CUGAGUGAAAAGGCUGAGCUGUCAGGAGAGGUUCCUGAAAGAGGUGGCGUGGUGCGGCUCAGCCCAGUCAUGGCCUCUUGCCGAGCUCCGGAGGACCGCUGCUGCUCUCAUAGCGGCCUAGCGCAGGACAAGGAACAUCCAAGAAAUCUGAUUCCUGAGCUCUGCAAACAGUUUUACCAUUUGGGCUGGGUCACUGGCACUGGAGGAGGGAUUAGCUUGAAGCAUGGCAAUGAAAUCUACAUUGCUCCAUCAGGAGUGCAAAAAGAGCGGAUUCAGCCUGAAGACAUGUUUGUUUGUGACAUAAAUGAACAAGAUAUCAGUGGACCUCCACCGUAUAAGAACCUAAGGAAAAGCCAGUGUACGCCUCUCUUUAUGAAUGCUUACACUAUGAGAGGAGCAGGAGCGGUGAUCCACACUCAUUCUAAGGCUGCUGUGAUGGCCACCCUUCUCUAUCCAGGACGGGAGUUUAAAAUCACACAUCAGGAGAUGAUCAAAGGAAUCAGGAAAUGCACCUCUGGAGGAUGUUACAGAUACGAUGACAUGCUGGUGGUCCCCAUUAUUGAGAAUACACCAGAGGAAAAGGACCUCAAAGAACGAAUGGCUCGAGCCAUGAAUGAAUACCCCGAUUCCUGUGCUGUGUUAGUCCGGCGCCAUGGAGUAUACGUCUGGGGAGAAACAUGGCAGAAAGCCAAAACCAUGUGUGAGUGUUAUGACUACUUGUUUGACAUCGCAGUCUCAAUGAAGAAAGUUGGGCUGGACCCAAGCCAGCAUCCAGCUGGAGAAAAUGGAAUUCUCUGAGCCAGGGCUUCAUUUUAUCCAGGGACUGAGCUGUAGUCCAGAUCAUGAAUUCUGGAAAAGGAGGAGGCUACCUGUGCCCUUUCUGUAAAUGUACCACAUGCUCAUGGCAGAUGUAUUUUGUUAUUAAUAUGCUGCAGAUGCUACUCACAGAGUAUGAAUUUGUUCUUAACUUAAUUCAGCAAAUGUUGACUUUGUCAUGUUUUACUAUAACAUGCAAGAAUGAGAGCAAAAAUAUUAUCCAACAAGGAUAAUAAAAUAAAAAUAAAGUA